AUGGCGACUCCAGCUGCCAAAGCGGCCCCGAGCUACGAUGCACCCUCUGAUACCUCAGCUGGCCCCGAGAAGUUUGUCGUUCGCCCUGCUCGAUUCUCCGAUGUCUCGACGAUUGCCCACAAUUCCACCAAAGCGUACUGGUUGUCCCCGAUGGACCAGUUCCUCGCGCCGCGCGCGCCAGAAUACCCCGAUGACAUGUUACGUAUGUACCGGCAGAUAACGCGGCGGCGCCUUGUCGCAGGGGACUCGGUGACGCUCGUUGCUUGCUUGGCAUCGGAUAUGGAUACACCGGUGGGCCACAUUUCGUUCAUGCGUCAAGGGAAUGACGCUGGAGCGAAGGCGUUCAAGAGGUCUGUGGCAUCAAACAGCUUGUUCAGGCUGUGGCUGUGUAUCCUGACCUGGGUCUUCUGGGUAUAUGACAAGGUCGACGAGAUUGUUAAACCGCCUUGUGCGUUUGACCCGGCAGCAAUAAAGCAGCUCGGAGAAUGGAACAGGGCGGGCGAUGCGAAAUACUGGACAUCCCACCCAGAGAGGACGAACAAGUGGUACAUCCCGAAUUUGGUUAUCCACCCGGACUACCAAGGCAAAGGUAUCGGGAAGCUGUUGGUGACAAUUGUAUUGCAGAGAGCCCAGAGCGAGAGAGAUAUCGUAGGCCUCAUGGCUAGUUCUCAUGGAGAGUUCCUGUACCGCAAGCUUGGAUUCGAGCGUCUGGGAGACUUCACCAAUAGACCACCUACUGAAGGACCGGAUCAAAAAGGUGGUGGGUACAUGCUCUGGUAUCCUGAAGGCGUCCGUCACACGGACUAG